CAUCAUGUCCGUCCCCGCCCCUCUCGCUUUGUGGUAAACAUGUCCAUGGAGUCCUGCUCUAAAUUGCUCUCCAGAAUUAAGAGAAUACGACCCUGUCUUCUUGACAUGAAGACCGGCUGUCCGUAUGUCAUAAGGCGUUUCACAUCCGAGCUGAAAGGCAUGAUGCCAAUUAAACCACUAGAUGGCAUCAGAGUCUUAGACCUCACCAGAGUCUUGGCUGGUCCUUUUGCCACAAUGAUCCUGGGAGAUCUGGGGGCAGAGGUCAUCAAAGUUGAGCGACCAGGGUUGGGAGAUGACACCAGAGAGUGGGGACCUCCAUUUGUACAUAAGGAGAGUGCUUAUUUCCUCAGUGUGAACAGGAAUAAAAAGAGCAUUGCUGUUAAUUUUAAAGAUCCGAAGGGGGCCAAACUGAUAACAGAGCUUGCCAGAAGUUGCGAUGUACUGGUGGAAAAUUAUCUUCCCGGUAAACUGGAUGAGAUGGGACUCGGCUAUAAGGAUAUGAGUGAAGCAGUUCCGCAAAUUAUCUACUGUUCCAUCACAGGAUAUGGUCAGACUGGACCCAAGUCACACAAACCAGGAUAUGACUCUAUAGCAUCUGCUAUGUCUGGGAUGAUGCACAUCACAGGUCCUGAGGACGGGGAUCCAGUGAGGCCUGGAGUUGCCAUGACAGAUCUGGCUACUGGAUUGUAUGCUCAGGGAGCGGUGAUGGCUGGCCUGCUGCAGAGGCAGAAGACUGGACGAGGUCUUCACAUCGACUGCAACCUGCUCUCAUCUCAGGUGGCUUGCCUCACUCACAUCGCUGCGAACUACCUCAACGCAGGAAAAGAGGCCAGAAGAUGGGGAACGGCUCACGAGAGUAUCGUCCCGUAUCAGGGCUUCAAAACAAAAGAUGGAUACAUUGUUGUGGCUGCUGGGAAUGAUCAGCAGUUUGUCAAAGUGUGCAAAGUCCUGAACCUAAACGAGCUGGCCGAAAAUCCCAAGUACAAGACCAACACGUUACGAGUCCAGCACCGCAAAGAGCUGCUGCAGCUUCUGGCUGAGAGGUUCUCCAUGGAGUCCACGGCUAAAUGGCUGAGACACUUUGAAGGCACCGGAGUCCCCUGUGGCCCCAUUAACACCAUCCAGCAGGUGUUUUCCGACCCACAGGUCCACACUACCCCUGCGCAAGGACAAGCACACAAACACGAUGCUAAUUCUGUAGCUGUAAAGGCAGCUCAUGACACACGGCAGACUUGCAGUCCUGCGUUCCAGUUUAUAAAGAGUAAAGGAACAACACCAUAUGGCAGAAACGUGGAAUAAACAAAAUAACAAAAGACAUGCAAUUAUGCGGCAGGAUACAAAGCUUGCUGUGCUUUUCGCCCAGCCUUCUACAGCCAAAGGCGAAGGAUGCGUGGAUUAAACCUAGGAUUAAGAAGAUGAACCGCGAAGAAAACGUCAAUGAAAUCCCAUGGAGAGAAAAAAAAUGGCUUGACGCUUGGAUUUGUGUGAAGUGUUCAAGUGUGUACUUUUGUAUGUGAUGAAACGGUACCCAAGAGGGAGUCAGUUAGUAGGGUUACUAUUGAGGAUGAUGGUGUAACACGAUUAAAGCUAGUCUCUGGAGGAUGUUGAUCCACAAUUAGAAAGCUGUGAAAAUUCCACAGGGAUCUUUAUGGAGUUAGGAAUAAGGUAACAGAGUGUGAUGUUAUAGGAACGUGAUCAAUCAGUACGUUACCAUGGACAACAAUAAUCCGAUAUUAACCCGAUUAAGACGAUACUCUGAUUAAGACACUGGCAUGUAAACAGCGAUUACUGAUGACCUUAAUCCGAUUACAGUCAUACUCGAAGUAAACACAAAUUGAAUUAAUGACAUGUGGAGUAUUUCCUGUUUUAGUCGCAUUAUCGACGUGCGUUACAGACAUGUACGCACCUUAAUAACACUAUUAACGUCGUGUGAGAGUUUUCACCGCAUUAUGCGACAGGACACGUACACAAACGGCAGCGCUCAACCGUUUGACGGCAAACAAGAGAGCACGGCUGCGUCCCGAACCGUGUACUUACCUACUGUAUAGUAGGAGAAAUACAUGUAUCUCGGCAACUAUAUAGUAGGUGGUUUGGGACGCAGCCAACAGCUUCAAGCAGUCGUCUAUUUGCACGUACAGCACGACAAAUAAUUGACCGCACUUGAAGCGUUCGUAAGAUUAAAAAUGAAACACCCGAAACUGUAUACGGUCCCAUAACGAAGACCAACUGUAUGUCGAUGCGUGCAAUUCUGGAGGGACGUCGGACGGCGUGGCGCGGUGACGUAAUGACGCGUGCCGUUAAUCGAUCUAUGUUCUAUAACAUCUAAAACGGGAACAUGAAAGGAACAUUCUAAAAGCGACUCAUGUAAACACCUUAAUCAGAAUAUUGUCUUAUUCAGAAUAAGGUCAAUAAUUAGAUUACUGCUGUCCAUGUAAACGUAGUCAAUGACACGGUACAGUGAUUACCACUUCUAAUAUCAGCCGUUGCCCAGUGAUUACAAUUUGUAAUUUAGUAACGGAAAAUAUCUAUCAUACUUCUUUUUUUUAAUCCAUUUAUUGUUACAUUUAAUGCUGUGGAAUAGCUUUGAGACAAGAUAGAAGAGCUAUCACUUUUGUUAUGGUAACUAUUAACAGUCAUCCUCUCUCUUGUCUCUCAAGGUUAAUAAGCUGGAAAAACUGUACCUUUGGCAUGUUAACUUUAUGUUGCAAAACUCUGGUACUGGAGUCUCCUUAUAUCUUGAUAAUGUAUUAGCACGAGUGCAUUAAUGUAAAGCUGUGAUUUAAAUUGCACAGGCACUACUGUCAGAGCUGCUGUUAUAGAAAAUGAAUCAACAGCUUCUGACCAGUCAGAUGUAAGAAAGUGAGACAUCUUGAACACUCAGGCUGAGGAAAGGAAAUGGCUGAGAUCAACCAGGGCAGGUACAGAAACUACCGGAAGCGAAGACAUGGCAAUAUUGUGACAACCUUGCAUUGACGUCGUAUCACGCAGUACUUCAGUGUUGCUGUUUUCACUAAGGAUGUCAUUACUGAACCGUUUAAGAUUACAAGAUAAAGAAGCAUUCUUUUUUUCAAAGCUGCAUAACGCAGUCUGUGUCAGUGCAGGCGGAUGUAUCCCAAGAAACGCCCAGGAAAAUUCUGUCAGCUGCCAAUAAUGACUGCAUCUGGUGAAGGUCUGUUCGAGCCUUAUUCAAACCUACCCUGGAGGAAAUUAUCCAGCAAACGUGAAGAUAAAGCUGAGACGAUGGUUCAGAGGAGGGACAACACCAGUGGCAAAAAGAAAACCAGAUGGAGACAUGACUGAAAGAGGGAAGAGGUUAAGACUGUCGCAAGGUCAGGAUAAAGAUCAAUCCAGAACAAAAAUAAAGGCUUGAUUGUCAUUUUCCUAUAAAAAAAAAAAGGCACUGGAUUUAUAUACUGGGUUAUCAUUUCUAAAUCAUUAUCUUUUAAAAUGCUCCAUCGUGGAAUGGAAACUCGAACAGUACCUCAGAUGAAACGCUGCCAUUCUUCAGGAAACAUGUUCUGUAGUAGCAUGCUGGGUAACUUGACACUGUUGGAAUCCCACUAUAAGUCAGAUCAGUUCCUCUGUAGGAGACGGUCUAUAACUCAAGGUGCUUCCUUCAUAACUCAUGCGUGUGUCCUCUCUCUGAAGCCAGUAGUGAUAAAGUGUUGUCCUUGAACUUAAGUAUUAUUCAAGAUUUGUCUUUUGUCAGAUCAGGUCUUUCGGUUUGUUUGCAUCCUUUGUCACUUCCACUGGCUGUGUGCAAUAUGAGGAGCUUCUCCACAUAGUACACACCGGUCCGGUCCUCAUCAGUCUUUCAGUACAGUUGUGUGUAAAUGUUUUCUCCGGUCAAACCGAACACGAUUCUCACCGGAUUUAAAGUUUCGGUAAAUCUGGUUUUCUUCGUAUUCAUGUACUGUAGAUAUUUGCCGGUCUGGGAGCCGGCCACCAUGUUGCCGGUUUUCAACAUCCAUAAAUAAAAAAUGUAUCUUAAGAUCUAACUAGUUAAUCAUUUAUAAAAGAAAGCACUGUAGUACUGUUACAUAUUUUACUCUUUUGUUAAUAUCUUCGUUAAUAAAAAUACUAGUCCAGGCCCAAGAGAACCUAUGUCACACCCCUCUUCAUGUCCCUCCACUGGCUUCCUGUAGCCGCUCGUAUCAAAUUCAAGUCCUUGAUGCUCACCUACAAGACCUUGUCUGGAUCAACACCGCCCUACCACAACACUUUUCUUGAGGUUUAUGUUCCAUCACGCAAUCUGUGAUCGAUCAGUGACCGACGCUUAGUAGUGAUUACGCAACGUGGCUCGAGGUCCCUUUCCAGAACCUACACACUAACCGUCCCUCAGUGGUGGAGUGAACUUAAGAACUCAAUCCGGACCAAAGAAUCUCUCACUAUCUUCAAAAAACUGCUAAAGACCCAGCUCUUCCAUGAACACCUAACCAACUCAUAAAAAUUUUUUAAAAACCCGUACUCUGGCUCUUACACCUCGACUGUGCGCACUUUGCUUCUCCAGAGCUCAAUUAACGAUCUUGUACGGUAGCACUACUUGUAUUGUUCUCCGCUUGAUAUAUCACUUUGCUUGUAUUUUCUCGUUUGUAAGUCGCUUUGGAUAAAAGCGUGCGCUAAAUGAAUAAAUGUAAAUAUCAAAUGUAAUACUGCAUGUAUAAGUUACAGUAACUUCCUCAUUUCACAAAUGAAAUGAUAUUCCGUGCACAAUUAUAGCAACUUUCCAUCACUGCAAACACAAGUAAUAAAAUUAAUAAUAAUAAUAAUAAUAAUAAUAAUAAUAAUAAUAAUAAUAAUAAUAAUAAUAAUAACACUAAACCACAGGUCGCUCAGUAGAGAAGAUGACUCUCGAGUUUUGAUACAGACAUUUCCUGCAAUGCCGUUGUUUUUCUUUUCUUCAUCACAUUAAAGCCUAUUUGGAUUCUGUAAAAUCCAUUCAUCUUGAUUUUGGAUCUCAUCACUUUCGCGUUUGCGUUUGAUGAAAUCCAGCAUUCUGUCUUCUUCUUCUUCUUCUUCUUCUUCUUCUUCCUCUCCACCGACAAACGGCUUCGACUUCAAAUGUGUAAAGUAAACAUAAGCCCCUUUGUGAAACUUAGCCAUGUCCAACAAUAACUUCCGUAAUGCUUGCUUAUUUUUGCAAUUAUAUAUUUUUUUUGUCCAGCUUAUGUUCAUACACAGAGGAUCAGUUUGCUCAUGUUUCAUAUCCCAUAAAUCAUAGCAGCGAGGCUCUGUUUUGGUCUGCAUGCAUGGUGGAUGUCUUCAGACAGCUGUUUUUUUUUUUUUGUUGUUUUUUUGGAUCUCAUUUUUUCAAAGCCAGCGGUUGUUUACAAAUGAGCCAGUUAUCGAUUAUCUUUGCUGCAAGCUGCACACCGGGAUCCGGUCCACACAGAUAUAAAUAUUAAUAUUAUUAAUGAAUGUCUCCACUGCACUGUUGCAUCAGCUGCCAGCCACAGAUGCUGAUCUUGAUUAUAAUAGCUAGAAGAUGUGAAAAUAUUAUGUAUUCUCAUAAAUAAAAACAGCACUUCAGUAGUUGAUAGAAAGAUCUUCUUGCUAUUGUGUGUGACUUUUAUUUAUUUACUCAGAUUCAUUUGUUCAUUUCACUUUCUUUUAGAUGAAUUAUUUCAACCUUUUAGAUCUUUUCCUUUUAAAUCAACUCCUCUGCUUUCACAAAAAGCUAUUAUUUUCAGCUUUGAUUCUGAUAUAGAAAUUACUCAUUCCAUCUUUCAUCACUUUUCAACAUUUGGAAAGAAUUUUCUGACUUUUUUUUAUUAUUAUUAUUCCUUUUCUUUCUUUUUUUUUCUUCCAGAUUACUUGCCUGAAUUAAUAGCUUUGUAUUUAAAGCAAUUUCGCUUGAAUCUUGUUUGUUUUUACGCUAGUCUAAGUGCAGCACGUAGAAAUCAGACACGUCAGGCCCCAUAUUAUCUAUCGUCUGAAUAAAAAUGGCGGACAAUUAGCCAACGAAUAAUAACACUUUGAAGGGCUGCCAAAGACUUUGCUGCCUGACUCUUUGGUUUUGUCUCUGGCCGAUGGGAGAGGAACCUUUAGCCAGCUGCUCACAAUAACAUAAUUACUGACCUUAGUGUCUCACACCAGAUUUUUCCUACAACAGUUAGCAAGCAGCAGGAAUUGUCUGCGCCCCCAUGGGCUUUCUAAUGCGCCCGGAUGACCCAACGACCAAGUCUUACAAGCAUUACCAACUUUCUAUAGUAGCAAUACAUUUAUAGUUUAUUUUUCUUUUCCAGGCACACAGUGGAGGCUUCAGUCACGUGUAUUAAUACAGGGUUGGAGAAAUUAUGAGCGUAUUUGCUAGUUAUGUUCAUUCAUACAGACUAAGGAAAACAAAUUAGUUUCAUUCUCCUAUUCUAACAAAUGUUUGGUGAGAAGGCCUGGCCCACAGUUGGCGUUCCGGUUCGUCUCAAAGGUGUUCAGUGGUUCCAUGUCAAACCAUGUCUUCAUGGAGCUCGCUUUGUGCACAGGGGCAUUGUCAGGCUGGAACUUAGUUCCAGUGAAAGGAAAUUGUAAUGCUACAGCAUACAAAGACAUCCUAUACAAUUGCGUGCUUCCAACUUUGUGGCAACGGUUUGGAGAAGAACGACGUAUGGGUGUGAUACAGUGUACUGUAGUGAUCCGAAUAGAAUGGCAUGAAAGACAUUGGGAGGAAUGUUAGAAGUUCAGUGAACCAUGUAUUUAACGAUUUAAUCUAACGUACCAGUAAACAGGCAGAUUCUUAGAUUCAAAAGAGCGCAGACGAUUAAGAAAUACUAGACGAUCUUGGCAUGGGUGAUGGAGUACGAGUGUCUUAGAACGACACUGCAGUGGUGUACUUCCUUAACGGAUCGCUGGUACACAUUGCUUCAUCAUAUAAAAUGCAUUCAGGAACAAUCAUGUCAGUUCAUCGAUGUUCUCCUGUACUGUUCUACAAAUCAGCUGUUAUUGAACCGUGCUUGCUUUUUCAUGUAAAUUGAUCUCGGUGAAAUUGUGAGUGUGCAGUGAUCUCUCCAAACCUGCCUGAUUCAUCUCGAUGCUCUACUUCUGCUUGGAGCUCGUACCUAAAGACCUCUGUCGUUGAACACCCUUUUAACACACUCAGUGAUGUGACUUUAUAUUGUCCAGCUAUAGUAUAGAAGAGUAAUGAUUUAUAGUUUUUUUUUUUAUUAUUUAUAGUUCUUCCUCUUACCAUUGUUGCAUUUGGCUUGAUGUAAAUCUACAUCCAGAUUUCUAUAAAGCUGCUAUAAAGAGGCAUGUUUACACUCGGUCAUAUUUCAUGUGAAUAUGACCGAGUGUGAACAUGUGUGAACAUCUCCUGGAGAAAUGCUAUGAGGGCUCGCUACAGUAGUAAUUAUUUGGCCACUGAUCCAGGCCCAGAUCCAUUUUUGGCGAACUUAAGCUCCUGUGAAAACAAUGAACUUGUGUUUUGUUACUUAAUCAGUUUGAGGCUUUUAUGAAGCUUUGUUAUCCCAGCCUUCAGGACUCCAGCCUCCCCUUUUCACUCCCGGACUCGCCCAAUUAUCAAGAUCCAAUCAGAAAACAAGUGGGGGGGUGUCCUUUGAA